GGAAAUUACGCUCACGAAAGCAUAAAUGUGUUUCAUGAGAUCCUACAACAGUUAAAGGACGACAGAGAUCAAGCAAAAAAGGUCCCAGAUUAUUUUGUUCACAGCGCUGGUACAGGUGGUACAUUGACAUCGGUUGGUCGUUAUGUGAGGAGGUACAACAUAUCAACGACGAUUGUCCUUUCCGACUCCGAAUAUUCUCUUUUCUACGACUAUGUGGUUUCCAACAACGUUCUGGAAACAUACAUCUCCAGAUUUACAAACGAAUCCGGUACAAAAUAUUGGAAGAAGCCUGGUGUUGCUGGAAUUGGUUACGGUUACGACGAGAAGCCGAUUAUAUACGGAGAAACCACC